ACUAAUGCUUAACUAAUGCUUCAUAGUGUGCAGUUAUUAUAAAGUGUUACCUUUAAUUCUUAUUUUUACGGAAUCAAUUACUUAUUCACCAAAACUAUUUCUUAUGAUUUUCUUUUAUAGUACAAAAAAAAUGAAUUUUCUAAGGAUCACUCAUUUAGCACAUAUUCAUUUACUUAUAAAUGUUUACAUUAGUUUUACUUACAUUUUUACAUUAACAUUUCGUUUUAUGUUGGGUGCUGUACUGUCUUCAGAAGUUCCAUCUCAAGCUCUUGCUAUCACAGGUCAAUCUUGUGAAGCUCUUAUUUUCCAUCGGCUUUGAUGAAUUUGUGCUGGUCAGAUGAAGUUAGACUGAGCACUGGGAAAUAUGCACCUAACAUUAUUUAAUAAACUCUGCUUAUUUUUUUUACCAUCACUUGGUCUCCUGAUUCCUGCUCUUUCGGGAUAUGCUGGAAUAUUAUGCAAUGCCAAAGGAAAUUGAAAGGGGAAAUACAAGACUCUAGGCUCUGCAGCAGGACUGUUAACCACUCAGAACUGAGUUGAGAAUGAUUAACAUCCAAAAUGUGUUUAAUGGCAAAUUCAAGUUCACACUCUUCAACUGAAUUAUAAAUUUUGCCCACUCCUGCUCUGGAUAAAUUGGAUAUGCAGACGGACAGUAUGUAUCUGUCCUCAACCUGACCAAAACCCAAGUCUUUACACCGUCAGAAAUUAUUCAGAAUUUAUAUCCCCUUCUGAUUGGCUGCAUUGUGAUUAAAAAGUGGAACUUUUGCUAAAGUUCAAGACAAGUACAUACAGUUCAGUCAUGACAACUCUCGGAGAGUUUAACAUGGUGCAGUCUUAGAAAUAAGGGUACAACCCUUAAGGGAACACCCUUUUUUUACCUUUUAGGUGUUGUAUAUUAUAGGCACUAAUAAGUACUCUUUAGGCAUUAAUAAGCACCUUUAAGGGACCAAUAGGUACAAAGGUGUACCUUUUGAAAAGGUACUGUCCCAGUGACAGCUUUUGUACCUUUAUUUCUGAGUGUGGAUAUGGCAAUGUUGAUGUAUUUGGUCUUGGCAGAAUAUAUCUGCUACACUGCUGCUGCUGUUGAUGAUGUUGAUAAUUGCUGCUGCUGCAGAGCAAGAUAUGUCUACAGACGUGCUACUGCUGCAUAUAUAACAUACAUGAAAAGAACUGUUUAAAUGUUAAGCAGAACGCUCAUUGGCUGCAGAAUCGACAGUCAAAUCAGCUCACGCCAUUUUCACGCCAACUUGAGCCAUCUAGAGUUUCACGACUGAACUAUGUCCACUUGUAGAGCCAAUAUGAGAUACUCCAAAUGAAAUCAUUACCUUGAACCCCUGUAACUAGAGACAUUAACCUGUCUUCUCUUGAAAGGUUACACUUGAGAUGAAUGUUACAAAAUUUACCAAGAGCACCAAGCACAUAUCUGAGUCUUGAGGAGCGAAAUUUUGCCUUUCAAACACCUCCAAGAUAAUGUCUGUUGUUAAAGGCCUUCAGGAACAGAAACUUCUGCUUUUGUGCAUUCAUAUAUUUAUUACCCUUAAAUUAAAGAGAUCACCCAAAAAUUAUGUCAUUAAUUACUGUCUUUCCACACCCCAGCAUAAUUUACCACUUUAUUUACAAAAAAUAUUGUCCUGCAAUCCAGUGGGGGGAGGGAGCAUUAUUCUCAUUAUUGCAGUGCAUUAUGGGAUUGAAUGAAACUUACCAAACUGGCAGCUCCAGUAGUGAUGGAAAGAUUUAUCUUGAACUCUGUCAUGGAAACUAGCAUGUAAAAACCUUAAAUAAAAAUGUAAAAAUCAAUUAAAAAAGAAUUUGUACCUGUAUUAUAUUAUGCUGUACCCACAUUGGACCAGCAAAUCAGAAAGCAGAUUGAUGGGAGAUUCAGGUGAGACAAGGGAAUUAAUUCGGCACGAUCCUCCCAGUGCAUUAUGGGUAUAUUCUUGCUGGCUGUCCCGUCAACUAUUGCCCUGUUUAAGGGUAAAGGGAUGAUUUCACAUACAGCCUUUGAUUAGCUGGUUCAGGUUUGUUGGAGGGUUGGAGAUCAAUUACAUGAUCUUUCAUGAUUCAUGAUUAGUUGCAAGACCUUUUUUAUGAGAUAGAGACAGUGAGGAAUAAUUUCAUUAAUAUUUCUUUUGUUUAAUUCAGAAAAUGUCUUCCAACUGUAACUUUCAUAGAGUCAGAGCUGCUCAGAAUUCAACUUAGACAUGCAAAAGCUUUUAGCCAGUGUGAAACCACACAUAGACCUUCACAAGAGUUGUGUUGAGAUCGACAGUUUAGUUGAGCUGAAUGCAUCAAGAUCACACCUCAGCUCUUAUUCCUCAGAAAACACACAUUAGCGAUAUACUUCAGCAUCCUCAUAUGUUUGUUUGAAGAAGCGUUGUCGUCUGACUGAAAGCAAGUUACUUUCUGAUCUUCUGACAAAAACAGACUACAGUAUUUUCAGGUAAGUUUGAGGCUAAAGUACAAGGUCAGGGUCAUUGUGGAAAUCACAUAUUCCUAUGGAAGUGGUAUAAAUGUAGUAUUUGUGAGACGCUGUUGUGUUUCUUGUCUUUCAGCAUCUGUUCUUCACUGGAUCAUCUGAGGGGUUUGACUGAAUCAAGAUGCUGCUGAUCAUUGAAGCUCUUCUUCUCAUUUCAUCUGCUCUAGGACGGGAUCACAGAGAUGCUGUUGAAGAAAAGACAUUUCCACUGGAUAUGGCACUGAAUUCUGUCGAUGACUAUUAUCUUGGCUGUAGAGAGGAAAUGGCGAAAUAUGUGAAAAAAUAUCUAAAUGAGGAAUGUGGUAAAAAUGUUGAAUUUAAAAAUGCUUGGGAAGAAGGUAAAAAGAAAGUAUUGAAACAUGAUACCUUGAAACUAGACAACUCAGUUGCCAUUUAUGUGUACACUGACACAGAUUUUAAAAUAUAUGAUAAAUUCAAUAAUGCCACUCGUAAUGGAAAACAAAAAUACAUAGCCAAGACAUACAAAUGGUAUUCACUUCAAUUUCUACUAACAGAAACGAUACAGAUUCUGAGGAAAAAACAAAAUAGAUGCUUUAAAACCUUUCGUGGUACAAAACUUAUAUUUAAUGGGACUGCUUUUACAACCAUUCGUUUCGGCUCGUUUAUAUCCUCCUCUCUUGAUCGUAACAUAGCAAAACGUUUCGGAAGUAAAUCUUGUUUUGAAAUCUACACUUGUUUAGGUGCUAAUGUGACAGAAUAUUCUAGGCUUCCUUAUGAGAAAGAGGUGCUGAUUCCUCCUUAUGAGACAUUUAAUGUCACUGCUGUCACGACAAGAAUAUAUCAGAAAGAUCUCUGGUGUGAAACUGUGUACACUUUGAAAAGCUUUGGAAUGAAAAGUGAACUGAACUGUGCUCUGUGCAAGAAAGACCAGAACAACAAAGUAAGCUGUUUGCUGAACACUUUGCUUUGAAAUUACAUGAUAUAACCAUGUUCAUCAGUUCAGGAUCUCUGAUGUGACAUUGUGUUUCUUUGAACAGCUAUAGAAAAAUAAGCGAUCUGAACUGUGCAGGAGAAUCCAACAAUGAAAAACUAGUUGCUUUCUGUAACGUGUAACAAUUUUAACAUUAUUUUGUUGUGUGUUAACCUGUAGAUACUGUAUGUUUCUGUCUUGCUUUAUUGAGUCACAACAUUAUUUUGUCUGAUUGCACAGUUAGUUUCACAUGGUAAACUUCAGAAAAAUUAUAGUGCUUAAUUUUUUGUUUCAACUUCUGUCAACCAAAUAA